AUGACUUCCACUUCCUCAAGGGCAGCUUCACCACCACCCUCCUCACCUCCAAUCGUUCCUCGACUCCAAAUCAACACCUCCAUCCAGACCGACGAUGAAAACACGGAACCCGCCACUUCCAGUCCAGGUUUCCAUAGAUCAUCCGCGCCAUCGCCAUCCCCAACUCUGUCAAGCCCACCUCAACCACUACCUGCGAAACCCACAGCUUCACAGUUGGAGCCCACUCCAUCCAUCUACUCCCCCCGCCCGGACCCUGUCCCAAACUCGGCAGACGCAACGCGAAGUACCUCCCCCGUGGGCGUCGGUCCAACUCGUCCUAACUCGCCAGCACGUUUAGUGAAUGAAGAUGAACCCUUGGUUCCGGAGGCACCUAGUUCGCCUGUUUUGGCUCACUCGGUGCCUGUCACGGUUCCGGUGGGUGCGAGGGUGGGUGUGCCUGAAUCAGAAUUGAUCCAAGACGCAGAGCGAGAGCCAGGUCAAGGCUCUGAGACCACAAUGAUUACCAUGCUCCGUACAGCUGGCACUGCGGAUGUCACACCCGAGGGAGAAGACUUGUCCGCUAGGUUGUCAAUCAAGUCACAUGCGCAGACUGGGAUAGACACAGACACGUAUAAACUUACCCCCAGCCUCAUCCCCGAUGUCCCCAGCACGAGCACCAGGAAGAGCCCGCAGAAGGAGCCUGAGUCGGCGGUGGUGAUGGAAGGGGAAGGAAAUGAAGGGGUUGAAGAUGGUCUAGUGACUCAGAUGAGGAGUGAAAGCGAGGUGAAGGUUAAGAAAGGGGGGACUGCCUUGCUGGAAUUGGAACAAGUCUUGAGUUCGGAUAAGAUAGUCUGGAGUGGGAAGGUAGAGAUGUAA